GAGCUGCAUCCCGGGAAUACUACUGAAAUUCAACACUAUGUACUACAAGAAAUCGAUGGAAAAGACUGGGCUGUCCGCAUCCGAUUUGCCACUUGGAAAUCAAUGAAGCUCUUGUGGCUGCUCCGGGGAAUGUGGUUACCGGUGACUGGUUUCCUAAUUGAACAUGAACCUGCACUGGACCAAAUCUCCGCAAGGCGGACGCAAAGCGCUUGGGAUCAUAUCGAGCUGCCUGCACCUGAAACGGAUUUCAGAAGCUUCCAUUGCAGCACAGCCAAAACCGACGAGGUCGCGACUCGUGCAGGGGAUCGUCGGACAAUGAAAAUGCACUUUGAUCUCGUGUCGUUUGCAAUAGACGUUCAGCUGACAACUGUCUCAGAUUACCUGUUCUUGAUGUGGAUACGAAUCCUAUGA